AAGAAAUAUGCAUCAUUAAGAAUAUAUAAAUAAGGAAACCAAGCCAAACCAGAAAAAAACCCCAGGGAUAUGGCAAAUGCAAUAGCAAUACUACUAAGGCAAGCUAACUCAACCAAACACAAAUCCUCUCAUUUACCUUGUCUCUCUCUUCCUCCAAAAUAUUCAAACAAGAAAAGAAAGGAAUUCCUCCCCCAUAUAAUAAUACCUCUAUAUCUCUUCCAUAAUCCUAGACUCUCUUCCUUCCUCACAAUGGCAACAUUCAUCCGAAAUUUGGUCAUCAGCUAUGCUUUUCUUGCAGUUUUUCUCUCAGCAGGUAUUGGAGUUUUUGUAGGUGUUGAGUCUUUUGGAAUCAAUUAUGGUCAGGUGGCUAACAAUUUGCCACCACCAGACAAAGUCCUUGAAUUGUUGAGCACCCUUAAUCUCACAAAAACAAGAAUCUAUGACACCAAUCCUCAGAUUUUGAGUUCUUUUGCCAACUCAAACAUUGAAAUCAUCGUGACAGUGGAAAACGAAAUACUAAGCCAGUUGGAUGAUCCUCAACAAGCAGCUCAAUGGGUGAACAGCCACAUCAUACCGUACCUACCAGAGACAAAGAUCACAGGGGUUCAGGUUGGGAAUGAGGUCUUCACUGAUGAUGACACCACUCUUAUUCAGCACCUUGUGCCAGCAGUAGUGAACAUUCACAAUGCUCUAUCUCAGUUAGGCUACUCAAACAUCAAAGUUUCAACACCUAGUUCGUUGGCAGUGCUUGCUUCCUCGUACCCUCCUUCAUCUGGUAGUUUCCAAAGUGAAAUCUCUGGGAUCAUGUACCAGUUUUUGAACUUCUUGUCAACCUCUAAGUCCCCCUUCUGGAUCAAUGCCUAUCCCUACUUUGCUUACAAGGAUAGUCCUAAUGGGAUUUCUUUGAACUAUGUGUUGUUCAAUCCCAAUGCAGGAAUGGUUGACCCUUACACCAAUCUCCACUAUGAUAACAUGCUUUAUGCUAUGGUGGAUGCUGUUUCGUUUGCCAUCGCUAGAAUGGGCUUCAAGGGGAUAGAGGUUAGGGUCUCUGAGACUGGUUGGCCAUCCAAGGGAGACGCUGAUGAGGUUGGUGCCACGCCAAUGAAUGCUGCAACUUACAACAGGAAUUUAUUGAGAAGGCAAAUGGCAGGUGAAGGGACACCUUUGAAUCCUAGAAUGAGGUUGGACGUGUACUUGUUUGCGUUGUUCAAUGAAGACUUGAAGCCUGGACCAACCUCAGAACGAAAUUAUGGUCUUUUUCGUCCCGAUGAAUCCAUGACGUACAAUGUUGGCUUGUCUGCUCUUGCAACCUCAUCAGCAUCAACUUCCUCCUCUUCAGUUUCUCUUGCUUCCUCUGCCGCCAGGGUUAAGGUAGUAGCACCAUGGAAAUGCAAAAAGUUGGUGAACUGGAUUCUUGUGUGUGUACUGAUUUCAACCCUUUAUGGGUGAAGAAUAUCCCUAUACUGUGAAAUUCAUGUCAAUAUCACAGUUGGGAUUUUACUUCCUUCAAGUGACCAAAGAGAUCCACCCCUGAACAAAGGCAUUUCGAAUCUCAAGUUCGAAAUUAAAGGUACUAUUUUGAAGAAAAUGAGACCGACCAACACUCUGCAAACAAUUGGGUAGCAAAACCAGUGAUACACACAGCAGGAAAGGAAUUAUGAAGGGUUGAAAAUGGUGUAUUUCUCAACGUCUUAAUCAAGUGGCUAUGCUUACGUCCACUUACACCACCAUUAGUCAGUAGUCACAUUCUAGCAACUAGCAUGCAUGUGGCGGUGACCAGAAACUGAACUCGUUUUAGGUAGACAAUGGACAAAAGCCAUCUCAUUCUUUCGAUGCAAGAAUAAAUUAUAGUUUCAGUUUAUUUUCUUUGAUUAUCAAAUACGAAAUAUAUGUUGUAUGUCGCUUAUGUAAAGUUUAUUUCUCUUUUGUUUGCUUACUGGAUACGACUAUAUUCCUUAAAAUCACACACA